CACUAAUGUUAGAUUGCUAGUACAACAUGGGGCGUUGUGUUGAUUGAUCGUCUGCUCUUCGGUUGUUCAUUUGUUUGCAGUUUGAUAUCAAUUUAUUGUUUGUUUAAUUAAUUCCUUCUAAAAAUCAAUAAAACUUCAAAAUUUUCUAUUAAAAUUUCAAAUUUAUUUACAAUGGCAUCUGCUGAGAAACCCAGUGGCCUUGUCCCUGCUGUCGCCAUGUAUGCACCAGCAACUGUGACUGACCUGAAGAAAGGAGAGGUGAAACGUUGGUGUGUUUGUGGAUUGAGUAAGAAGCAGCCAUGGUGUGAUGGCAGCCAUAAAGGAACAGGGUUUUCAUCGAUGCCUUGGACAGUUCCGGAAGAUCAGAAGGAAUAUUACAUCUGCCAGUGUAAGCACACAAAGACUCCACCAUAUUGUGAUGGCACUCACACCAACCUUCCAGAAGGGGUUAAAGAAAGACAGAAGAACUGCCCAAACAAGGGCACUGAUCACAAGCCUGAGUGUAAGCUCUGCACUAAAUGUGGCUGGUUGCCUGAGUUUUGAAUGUUUUGAGGUUUUGUCUGUUUGGUGGCAUAUUAAGAUAGAUAUGAAUUCCAAAUAGAUUAAAAUGCAUUUAUCUAAUUCACUGCAUUCACUGUUUCCAAAUAUGCAACAUCACGUUUUUCAUAUUAACAUUUGUUAUUGUUUUGAAUAUAAUUUUUUGAAGAAAUGCACUCUAUUCAUAAAAGAAGGUAUUGCAAAUUUAUUUAAAUUAGUCUUGCAAGUCUGAUUUGAUGCAUGAGUUGAGGAUUGGAUAAAAAACAAUGUUAAAUGUGUGUAGAAUAGGUCAAUGUACCUACUACGAUAUAUCAAUGCGUGGUGGAUCAGUGUACGGUUAUCAAUGUAUGAUUGUUCAAUUUACGUCAGGUUAUCUGUGACCGAUCAUUAUUGAGACCAAAAAUAUGCUCGUGAUCAGUUUGAAUUUUUCCCUAGCUUGCCUUUCAAAUAAUUUUAGGGAUGAUAUUUUGAUUUUUUUCUCGCUAAUUAUUAAGAUCAUUAUCGUGAAAAUAUUAAGAUGUAAUUUUGCAAACGGAUAUCGUUUAUCACGAGUUUUAUAACGUUGUUGCGGUCGUUUAUUUGAUUGCAAAAUUGCAACUUGUGUCAUCAUGAAAUUACUUUUAUAUUUGUAAUUUCUUUUGCAUCUGUUAAUUUAAUGAAUAAACCAGUUCCAAAGUA